AUGUCCGAUAACAGCUCCGCCGGCGCAGCUGCCGCUGCGGAGAACGACAACGGCAGCAGCAUCACCCUCACCGUCCACCACCACGGCUCUCCCCACUCCUUUACGCUCCCCGCAAAUGCCACCCUCCAGGACCUCUCCUCUGCCAUCGCGUCGACCCUGCAAGUCCCGCCGGAGAAUCAAAAGUUGCUCAUCGUGCCCAAGCCAGGACUCCAGAAACCUCCGUUCGCCGCCACGCCCCCGCUCUCCGAGCUGCUGCCCCUGUCGUCGCCCAAGUUCAAAAUCACCCUACUAGGGAGCAAAACGCAGGAGAUUGACAGCCUCAAUGACAGCAUUUCCAGCAACCGGCAGCGACUCGAGGCGCGUGCCCGAGCACGUGCGACACAGCCGGCCAUCACCCGUCGUCCGCCGCAAGGCAUCCACACGUUGUCGUCGCCCUCGUCCUCCACAUACACUUUCCACCGUCUCGUCCCGCUGCCCUACCUGCCCAACCCAGAACGCAGCCUGAAAUUCCUGGAGCGGCUGCGCGACGACCCGGGGAUCCGGUUCGCGAUGGCGAAGCACCGGUUCUCAGUGCCCGUGCUGACGGAGAUGAACCCGGUAGAGCACACGACCCACGAGUCGCGCACGCUGGGGCUGAACCGCAACAAGGGCGAGGUGAUCGAGCUGCGGCUGCGGACGGACGCGUACGACGGGUACCGCGACUACCGCACGAUCCGCAAGACGCUGUGCCACGAGCUGGCGCACUGCGUGCACAGCGAGCACGACCGCGCCUUCUGGGAGCUGACCAAGCAGAUCGAGACCGAGGUCGAGCGCGCCGACUGGACGCGCGGCGGCCACCGGCUGUCCGACGAGGACUUCUACAACCCGGCCGAGUGGGAGCAGGAGGGGCGGCGACAGGACGAGUUUGUCGACCAUGGCGGGUGGACCGGUGGUGAGUUUGUCUUGGGCUCGUCGUCAUCAGCUACCACCGGUAAUAGUGCCGCUGCUGGUGCAGAGGCCAGCGGUCUGAGUCGGAGAGAGCUCCUGGCGCGAGCAGCGGAGGAGAGGAUCAAAAGGGAGCAGCAAAGAGGGAGAGGUUCUAGUUCAGAGAAAUCGUGA